AUGAUGAAGAUGAGUAUUCCUAAAUUCAUUGAAUACUUCCAUAAACUCAGAUUAGGCGGUCAUGAAAAGAAUGAAUUACCUUUCACAGGAAUGACAAAUGCUCUCAAAACAGCAUCAAAAAUCCUUGCAUGCAAAGAUAAAGAAGAGCCACCAACAACAAUCCCAGAAAGUGCUCAUUGCUUCACUGCUGCUGUUCAAUUGUAUUUGACAUCAGGUUUCUUACUGAAGAAUUUGGCCUUCGUGUCAAUGGAGAAUGAAUCUGAAAGAACAUAUCCAGUUCCAAAUGAUCCAGAAUUCGAACAGAUUUGGCAGAUUGGUCCUAUUGAAUUAUAUGAAGCUUUCUUCUUCAGAAUUGGCAAAUCAUUAGUAUCAGAGAUCAUGGAUGGUAUCAAUAGUUAUGGAUCAAUUAUCUUCGGUGUUGGAUUUGCAUGCAUUGCUUUAUCAUUUAUAUUCAUGUGUGUUGCAAUUAUAUUAAUCCACAAAGAAGAUAUCUUAUUGACAUUCACAAUGAGAUUGCUGUUAUUCUGCCCACCAAGAGUUGUUUUGUCUAACUCAAGAAUUAUGGAUUUGAUUGCAGGUGAUUAUGAUAACAAAGAUGCUGCAAAUACUGCUAAGCAUCUUGCAUAUUCUAAUGAAGUUAUGAACAAGUUGAAUGACUGUGUCAUGGUUUUACAUGAUGAUGAGUUUCAUAAAAUCAUCAGUAUUAACUCUGCUUUCGAAGAAACAUUUGAUAUUUUACCAGAAGAUUUGAUCGGUAAAAAUGCAAAAGAAUUCUUUACAAAUGAAAGAUUCCAAGGCAAAGUUGAUACAGUUUUGGCAACAAUCACAAAUCUCCAGUUUGAGAAAGAUGGAAACACUGUUUUCAUGGAAUUCACCCCUGUGAUUGUCAAUGGAACAAAGAUCAUUUCUGGAAGAGAUCACACACAAAAUAUUUUACAUGAACAAUUAAUUGAAGAAGAGAGAAAGAAGUCAGAUACAAUGUUGGCUUCCAUUUUGCCUGCUUCAUUAGUUUCUCGUGUACAAGCUGGAGAAAAGAAUAUUUCAUUCUCUGUUCAAUCAGUCACUGUUAUGUUCUUUGAUGUUGUUGAAUUCACUCCAUGGUGUGGUUCUCAUGAUGCUCAGUAUGUCAUGAGAAUGUUGAAUAUUGUGUUCAAAGAAAUGGAUGCAAUUACAAAUGCACAUAAAACAAUGACAAAGAUUAAAUGCAUUGGUGAUUGCUACAUGGCUGCAGGCGGUAUUUUCGAUGAAGUAAAUCAGCCUCAAAUUCAUGCAAGAGAAGUUGUUGAUUUCGGCUGUUUGGCAAUUAAGAAACUAUUAGAAAUCGAUGCAAAUGAAAAUGAGAACCUUAAGAUCAGAGUUGGUAUCAAUACAGGCGGUCCAAUUGUUGCGGGUGUUAUUGGAACAGAGAAACCAACAUUCGAAAUUCUUGGCCCGCCAAUCAACAUUGCACAUGAAAUGGAACAUCACGGUAUUCCAAUGAAGGUCCACAUCUCUAGACCUGUCUAUGAGUUCAUUUAUGGUGGACAGUUCAGUAUUAAAGAGAGAGGUGAAAUUGAAGUCAAAGGCGGAAAGAUGUUCACUUAUUUAGUAGAUCCAUGA